UGGAGCCGCACGUGUGGAGUGGAGUUAAAGACUGGGCGGUGAGCUGAUUCUCAGAGACGUUCGGGAGAUACCGUGUCACCGUCCGUCCGACUAGGAGAGUGCUGUCGUCCCUGUUUGGCGUGAGCGCCGCGCGGCUGCAAGCAUGCCUCACAGGAAGAAAAAGCCCUUUAUAGAGAAGAAGAAAGCUGUGUCUUUUCACCUGGUCCACCGGAGCCAAAGAGAUCCUUUAGCAGCAGAUGAGACUGCACCCCAAAGGGUUCUGUUGCCUACACAGAAGAUAAAAGAUGAAGAAAGGCGAGCAGAGCAGAGGAAGUAUGGAGUGUUCUUUGACGAUGACUAUGACUACCUGCAGCACCUGAAGGAACCAUCUGGCCCCUCGGAGCUCAUUCCCACAAGUACCUUCGGUGCACCUUACAGGGGAGAUGGGAGAGAAGAGCCUUUAGUAACUUCAACCAGUGGAAUUAAGUUGCCUUCCUCAGUGUUUGCAUCAGAGUUUGAGGAAGAUGUUGGAUUGUUAAAUAAAGCAGCUCCUGUUUCAGGACCUCGGUUAGAUUUUGAUCCUGACAUUGUUGCAGCUCUUGAUGAUGAUUUUGAUUUUGAUAAUCCGGAUAAUUUACUUGAAGAUGAUUUCAUUCUUCAGGCCAGUAAGCCAACAGAAGAGGAAGAGGGAAUGGAGAUACAGAAAUCUGAGGCCGAAGAUGACAGUGAGUGGGAAGAUGUGGGUGAUGAGGAAGGAGGUGGUGAUGACGGUAGAUACGACCAUGUAGGCUCAUCAGAUGAGGAUCUGUCUGCCCCUGGCCAACCUCUUGGGGCUGUAGAAAAUCACUUCUUCUGGGAAGAGGAAACAAAAAGUCGCUUUACUGAGUAUUCCUUGACGUCCUCAGUCAUGAGGAGGAAUGAACAGCUGACCCUACAUGAUGAGAGGUUUGAAAAGUUUUAUGAGCAGUAUGAUGAUGAUGAAAUUGGAGCUCUGGAUAAUGCUGAAUUGGAAGGUUCCAUUCAAGUAGACAGCAAUCGCUUAGAGGAAGUUUUGAAUGACUACUAUAAAGAGAAGGCAGAGAAUUGUGUAAAACUGAAUACUCUUGAACCCUUCGAGGAUCAGGACCUGCCAGUGAAUGAGCUAGAUGGGUCUGAGGAGGAAGAGAUCAUUACUGUAGUUCUUGAAGAAGCCAAAGAAAAGUGGGAUUGUGAAUCUAUUUGUAGUACAUACUCAAAUUUAUAUAACCAUCCACAGCUUAUCAAAUAUCAACCAAAGCCCAAACAAAUCCGACUAUCUUCUAAAACAGGAAUACCUCUCAAUGUCUUACCUAAGAAAGGACUCACAGCAAAGCAAGUUGAACGAAUGCAGAUGAUUAAUAACAGUGAUCUCCCUAAGAUGUCAACCCAACCACGUUCUAAAAGUGAAAGCAAGGAGGACAAAAGAGCACGAAAGCAAGCUAUCAAAGAAGAGCGCAAGGAACGGAGAGUGGAGAAGAAAGCUAACAAAUUAGCCUUCAAACUGGAGAAAAGAAGGCAGGAAAAAGAGCUGCUGAACUUGAAGAAGAAUGUUGAGGGUCUAAAGCUAUGAUAGUGGAACAUUGAAGAUAAGGUGCUUUCCCCAUUAGGGAUUUAAACAUUAAAAAAUGAACGAGGAUCUUCAGAGAGAGAAAACUGUUCAGUCUGCCAUUUUUAUUGGCAGGUAUUUUUUAAAAAACAAAAAACAGUACAGUAUUUGUAUUUAUAUCAUCAGGUUUUCUCUGCCAACUGUCUUGUAAAUAUGGUAAUAUUUUAAAAUUUAAUAUGGGCUUAAAUUUGCUUAAAUAAAUAACAGUGGACAUGAAAUGUUUGGAUAAAUUAAAGGAAAAAUAUCUUCGUAACUUAAAUG